AUGUCCCACUCCCUCUCUCUUCUCCUCCUCCUCUCCGCCGUCGCUACCGCUUCCGCCACCACCAUUGGUGUCACCUACGUACCCACCCCAACUCUACCACCACCUGAACAAGUCGCCACCGCCCUCCGAUCCUUAAAAAUUACAGCCGUCCGCCUCCCUGUCGCUGAACCUUCCGUCAUCCGAGCCUUCUUCUACACUAAUAUCUCCCUCUUCCUUUCCAUUCCAAACUCCCAACUCCAUUCCAUCUCCGCCAAUCGCUCCGCCGCCUCCCUCUGGCUCUACACUCACGUUGUCCCUUUCUAUCCACGUGCACUCAUCACAGCAAUCUCCGUCGGGAGUAACGUCCUCGCUGAUGGAGACCCUACCUCCGGGGACGUCCUCCUCCGCGCCGUGCGUAACGUCCAUCAAUCCCUCAUGGAUCUCGGAAUACGAAAAAUCACCGUCUCCACGACUUUCUCGUUUGUGAACAUCAUGAUGACAUCGUUUCCGCCUUCCUCCGCGGAGUUUGAAGAACCGACUAAUAAUGCCGUCCUUAAACCCUUACUUCAGUUUCUAACCGAAACGAAUUCCUCCUUCUUCGUGAAUUUAUAUCCUUAUGUUGUUUACAAAUUACGCCCCGAGAUCCCAAUCGGUUUUGCUCUCUUUCAACAACAGGCUUACAACUUCAGAGACGACGCAAUCACCGGUGUCAGGUACCGGAACUUGUUCGAUCUUAUGGUGGAUGGUGUUAUCGCCGCAUUGACUAUCUCAGGACACGAGAACAUUCCAAUAGUUGUGACGGAGACAGGAUGGCCGAGCUCCGACUUAUCAAACGAAGCAGAGAAUCAUCAAAUAUAUGCUGAAAUGUACCUACGGGGUUUGGUUUAUCAUCUCCGAUCUGGUAGAGGUACACCGCUGAGGAAAGAUGGGGUGGCGGAGGCUUACAUUUACGAGGUGUUUGAUACAAACACUAGCUUAGAGAACCAAGCAGCUAUGAGAGUGGGGACAGGACAGAAUUGGGGGUUUUUGCACCCCAACUUGUCACUAAAAUUCGAAAUCAAUUUCUCCGGCGGUUUCCCUACCACCACAGCAGCGCUGGCAAAGGUAGUUCUUGGAUUUCUACUACUGGUAACUGGUUUAUUGGUGUUCUAGUGGUUUUUGCAAAUCUUUUUGAUAACACGAUUAGUUGAGCGUAGACAUGGUGAUUAGGGACACACCAUUGAUAAUCUGUGGUGAGGGUUAGUA